CUUGCCUUUCUGUUGUUUUUAGGACAGACUCCAAAUGAAACAUUGCCUGUUCAGACCUUUGAUGAAUAUCAGUGCUCAGGCAAUGUGGAGAUUGACUUCCCUGGUCUUUGUGCUCUCCUGGACAUAAAGGAUAUCCCAGCUGUCAGCACCAAGCAACCAGCCUCCUCCACCAAAGAGGACGCAGAGGACAGCCAGUCCCAGAUAAAUGCUGCGUCUUUCUGGUCUAAACCAUGCCUCCAAGUGGAGCUGGAGAAUGAAGCCCCCCUCAACGCCAAGAGAAUGAAGGUUUCUGGAUGGAAGGUAGAUGAUCAGAUUGCCAGAGUGCUGCAGAAGAUGCUUCCCUCCUUGAGUCAGCUACAGAGCCUUCAGUUUUGGCAGGCAGGACUGACAGAUCCAAUGGUAAUCUCCCUCAUGAACACAAUAUCACUGUGCUCCAACCUCAGGGUUGUGACACUGGAGGGUAACCCUCUUCCAGGGCAGAGCUACCACCAUCUGCUCUCUGAAGACAGUAUCCUCACUCACUUGUCCCUGCGAAAUAACCGGAUAGGAGAUGAGAGUGCUCGUCUGAUCGGGUCCGCUCUCUCAACAGCCAGGUCUUCUAACAAGAACCUCAUGUCACUCAACCUGGCAUUCAAUUCUAUUGGUGAUGCAGGUGCUGCUCAUAUCGCACAGGGCCUGCGGUUGAAUUGUGCUUUGCUCUUUCUCUCGUUGUCCAACAAUCAGAUUGGUGACUCAGGAGCGGCUCAUCUGGCUGCGAUACUUGGUGAGUUUGCUCUAACUCAUGAAGAAGUUGUGGAAAGGAGGAAGCUGCUUCUGGAAAAAACACAGUCUUCAUCUCCAAAAGUCGAUUCUGACGGAACGCCUGCUGACCAACUUCCCUCAGUACCCAGCAGCACUUCGCUGAGCAUCAGUAAAGGGGAGAACAAAAGCAACGCCAAGAAAAAGGAAGCAUCCAAAAAAGACGAGAAACCAGCGGCCAACAAAGAGAACCCAAAGUCUAACAAGAAAUCCUCUGAUGUAAAGGCGCCUCAGAGUAAAGGUGGCAAGUCGGGGGCCAAAGAGAAACAACUAACUGCGCAGGAGGUUCAGUUGAGUACCCCUCUGAUUGAGCCUGCAGAGUUGGUGGAGAUAGGAAACCCCCUGCUGGAUCAGUCACCGCAGUACAGGGACGGACAGCUCUUUCUGCCUGGGAACAGGACUCUCACCUCCCUCAACCUGACAGGAAACAGAAUCACAGAGAAGUCACUGCCUCUCUUCCUGACGUCACUAAAGAUGCAGGGUGAGGGAAGAGGCCUACUGCGUCUCUGUCUGCAGAGAAACCGCUUCCCACCAGAGUGUGAGACCUAUGUGAAGAUAAAGGAACUUAUAGAACUCAGCACUCUGAGAUCCACUGGAAAAAAAGAUUCUGAAGAGACAGAAGAGGAGGGACAGGAGGCAUAGUGCUGAGACAACUGACAUCUGCAGGCUUAUACUGUAUAUCUUUAAUUUGUUAUGAAGUAAUAAAAACACAUACACAAAUUGUGUCUUGAGAACACAUCAGAUGAACAAAUGGAAGUAGUAAGAGAAGCAGCCUUGUGGUACAUAAAAAAGGCAGUGGCUGAACAGGAGGACAAUAUGGCUCAUUAAAAUCCAGAUGUGUGUUUACAGAUCCAGUUUACUGCUUUGUGUUUGUGACUGUGGCUCAGACAAAACAAGCAAUUUGAAUAUGUUAACUUGGGCUUCGGGGAAUAAUGACAGGAAUUUUUCACCAUUUUAUUACCUAUUAUACACUGAACCAAUCCAUUAGAAUUGAUUGGAAAAAAUUCUCCAAUUGAUUGG